UCCGAAAGCUAUCGCGAACAAGUACGUGGACAUAAGCGCAAGCACGAGUCGCCCCGUAAUGAGCAUUCACGGAAACAUCCUCGUCGUGAGGAUACUCGGUCUAGCCCAUGUCAAAGAUCGACGGGCCGAGCUUCCAAUCUUCGACACUAUUCUGCUGGUAGCUUAGUCACAGGCGCACAUGCCAAGCUAACCAGGUUUCAAUCAAAUUCAGAUACUCCUGUUAGCCUAACAGGUCGAGAUUACAUCCAUCAUGAUAAAGAUAGGGAUUCCGCUGGUCUACGUGAGGAUACGGAACCACAUCCCUCCCGCUCUGACGAAGAGUACCAACAGAGUGGUCAGCAUUUGGAUCUGGACACCCGUAUUGCUCGUCUUUUGAGUAAGGCCGAAGAGGGCGUCACUGCCGCUGCUGCAGCCGCGGCAACAGCUGUUUCUACCUCUCUUUCAGCUAAUUCUCCCUCUUCCAUGCCAUCCACUCUGGUAAAUCGAGUCGUAGCUGGCGGCGGUGGUGGCACUGGCUCUCAACACGUCUCACCUCGCCACAGAGCCUCUAGCCGUCCUCUCUCACCCACUGCUCUUCCUCCACCGCCCCCUCCACCACUGCCUAUCUCACAGCGCGUCAUCCUUACUCACAGACCGCCAGGCCACACAACAGGUAUCGCUCCCACUCCACACGGCGCGGCUGGAUUCCAGGGGCAUCCGGUUGGCCUAUCGUUCCAUGCACCUCUUCAUGGUUUGCUUCCUUCUCAACUUCCGCUUUCCCCACCACAGUCCACUGCGAGCCAUUUCACUGCCCGCUCUGAUACACCCACGUCACCUCCACACCGGCCUGUCUCGCUUGAUCCUCUCCUUCAUCUUUCCGGCCUCGGGCCUUGGCUUCCAGGUGUCCGGCAGGCUUCAGGUGGUUCUGUUAAUAGCUGUCUGGAAUCUCGAUCUGUGUCCCAAACAAGUCGCACUCCGGCAUCUGGACACCCCAUUCUCCCCUGCCACACGGAUAUCCUACAGCCUCCUACCAUGCCCCUUAUUCACAGCCACCUAGCUCCUCCUUCCUCGCCACCCCCACCUGCCUCUCCUCCACUUCAGGCGAAACUACCCACUCUACUUCUUUGCCCAGCACCAGCCUCUGGUCUACGUUGCAAUCUUCAGGGUUCAACCAGGCCAAGCCAAGCUCUAGCUGACUCUUCCAUCUCUCGCGUCCCCUUUGAUUCACCUGGUUCCAGCACUCACUCACCUGGGACUGCCCAGUUGCCUCCUCAGGAAAAAUUUUCUGUGGCUGGCGUUCUAUUAGAGACUGGCAGUGAUUGCCAGCCUCACUCAGCUGAUCUGGAUGACUCAGCUACUCAUGCCAUACCAAAAGUAUCGACACAGCAACAACAAAAGUCACUUAAAGAGGUGGACGGCGGCGAUCUUUAUUCUCUCUUAGGCGUUUAG